AUGGACCGAUCCGAAGCUCUUUGUGGGUGCACUCAGAAGUUGCCGACAUCUAUGGCACAUCCUCCUGAUCUUCCAAUGACAGGAACACCAAUAUCUUCGCUCACAAAUGCCAAUGCAUUGGCUGAUUCUCUAGGUGUUUCUCCGAUGUAUCGGCAGGUAGAGUAAGUCGGUAUUAUUCGCGGUCUAGUUUCUAGUUCAGCUCGAUGGCAGGUCGCUGCUCAACUUUAUCAGUCCAGCCGAGCGCAAUCUCCGACUCCUGGAGGAGUAAAGUUGCACGUUCCGAGUAGUUACGGUAGUGUAACUGGGUAUGUUGAAUGAUCUUUUUGGAUAUUGUUUCCUUAGAACACCUUUGGCAUCAGAAGACAUUGCAUUUAUGAAUCGAAAAAGGUUUCAUGAGUCCAUGGGGGCAGCUGAGAACGAAGGGCACCUUGAACUCGAGGCAAUAGCGGCAGUCCAUGAACUCUCAAACAAUGUAUUGAGCAUUUAUGUCUCUGAGAUGCUUCCAAGGACGGCUGACCUGAUUUUUGUGAACGUCAAAACAGUUGAAGGUAGGAUGGUAUGCAUUAGUAUAGGAUUAAAGUUGUCUGUUCGAGUUUAAACCACGUUUUCGAAUUCAAAAAUCAUUCAGGAGAUUAAUCCGUUUACAUUUAAUGUUUGUAUGGUUGAACCAAUAAUUUACUUUAUUGCCGAAUCAAAUUCAGAUCACGCGUUUACACUGGAAUUGACAAUGAAAGGUUGGAGAGUAGCAUCCACUCACACAGACAGUAUGAACGGAGAUUACAUGAACGUGAGCGUUACAGGGUGAUUCAAAAAAUGCAUGCCUUUUUAAACUAUAUUUCAUUUAAUAGGGCACAGCGUUCUGUACUUUUUUCAAAUGAAUCGGACACCGAUUUUUUCGAAUUCUUUUCCGUGGUCGACAUUUACGCCGGUAUAGCGAGCGCAUGCUAUAAAUUUGACGCCUGAAAUUUUUAGUUCUUAGAGAGCAAAUAGAGAUCUUUCCAGCCAUGCCACUUUCAAAAACUUUUAUAUAUUAGGUUGGGGAAUAAGUUCGUAGAGUUUUUUUAUUGCUUUGUUUUACAACGAUAGUUUGUUUUUUGGCAAAGUGCCUAUAUGCAUUCAAUAGAGCUCUUUCCCCUCUACAAAAAUGUGUUUUUACAAGGAAAGUACUUUUAUGGGGGCUCCUACUUUUUGACGGGACAUAUCUCAAAAAAUCAGAAAAAAUGCGCUGAUCAAGGAUAUAUAAAUCUUAGCUGCCCAUUUUAGGUUUUUAGGGGUGAAAAUGCCCAAAAAGUGGCUUAAAUUCCCUACAAAAGGCGCAGGCAUUCGAAACGAUAAAAAGCGCAAUCGGUCCCUUCCUUCGGAAGAAAGCGGGGUGUCCGAGUGGCUAGUGCCGUAGUCUGGGAAUCAAGAGAGAGGACGCCGCACGGGUUCGAUUUCCCUUUUGGGCCCAAUCAACUUUUUAUGAAGUUGAAGGUCGGAAAAAUAAAUUUUUGGGCCAAGACUAAUAUAUUACGUCUUAGGAACUCAAUAAACAUCAUUUUAAGCCAAAAUAAAAAUUUUAAACCUGUGAAAAAUUAAGCGAAAAGGGGUUCAUAUAGGACUUUAAAACACGUUUUUUCUAAGGGUCGAGCAUAGAUGCGACGUUAAAUUCAGAGUUGUUCAAUUCUGUUUAAACUUUCAAAUAUUAGUUGCCUAUGAACCCUUAUUACGAUUUCACAAAAAAAUUUCGAAAAAGUUACUGUAGCUGGGCGUACUGUAGCGGAGGUCCAUUUUCAGUAUCUCGGAAAGUACGCACCGUAGAGACAAGCGGUCUUCACCAUCAUCUUUGUCGUGUUCCAAAACCUAUUUUUGUAAUUUUCAUCCAGGUCCUAACUCAUCGGAAAGCAUAUGAAAUUUGCAUAUUUUUGCCCUUAAUUUUAAUAAUCAUAACUUUUCUCAAAAAAUUUGAAUAAAUUUCCAGUGAUUUUAUUUCAUGUAAAGAAACUAGAAGUCUUCACGGUUCGAAUAAUACCAAAAACUCAAAAAUCUGAUUCGACACGGUUGCAAACGUCUCGACUGAAAUUGACGACCCAAAAAUUUGGAUUUUUAUUUUUUUUAUAUUUCAAAUUUCAACGAGCCUAAUUGUUAAAAUCAGAAGCCUACUGCUCAUUUGGAUCUGAAAAAUUGAUUUUUACUCAUUUUUGCAUGUAUUAGGCAUUAAAAAAAUUUUUUGAAAUAUGAAAAUUAAUAAUUUUAAUAAUCAUAACUUUUCUCAAAAAUUUGAAUAAAUUUCCAGUGAUUUUAUUUCAUGUAAAGAAACUAGAAGUCUUCACGGUUGGAAUGAUACCAAAAACUCAAAAAUCUGAUUCGACACGGUUGCAAACGUCUCGACUGAAAUUGACCACCCAAAAUUUUCGAUUUUUAUUUAUUCAAAUUUCAAAUUUUAAUGAGCGUAAUUUAUAAAAUCAGAUGAAUACUGCUCACUCAAGGCUGAAAAACCGAUUUUUACUAAUUUUUUGCAUGUAUUAGUAUAAAAAAAUUUUAAUUUGAAAAUUAUUCAUUUUAGUAAUCGUAAGUUUUCUAAAAAAAUUUGAAUAAAUUUCCAGUGGUUUUUUCCUGGAUUCUGUGACUAGAAAUCAUUGCGGUUCGAAUGAGCCUAAAAAUGACAAAAUCUAGUUCGACACGGUUGCAAACUUGUAGUUUGAAGUCGGCUGCACUUGGCUUAAUAACCUGUGUAUUAAUUAGGCAUUCUGGGGUGUAGCAUAUAUCGUACAACUAUAAAAAGCUUAACAAAGACCGCCUUAAAUCGUUUCAUGGCAAUUGCGCGUCAUUUGUGGAUGUUUUGGGGUCAGACGUUCAGAACAGGGUUGCACAAGAUAAAAUCGCUCUAUUUUCUUUGCUAGCCCAUUUUCUGGCGAGAAAAAAUUUUAAUGCGGUGCGACAAACGUGAAAGCCUAGGAAACACAUGCUUUUCUACUUUAGCCUACUCAAAUUUUGCAUUUCGAUAUUAUACUUGUCAUCUAUCGUCCGGAAAACUAAAUAAGCGAUUGCGCUUUGCGUAAAAAUUUUGAUGCUUUUGAUCGAACUUUUUUUUGAGCAGGAUAUUAUCUUCGUAACAUCUGUUUUAUAUGAUGCACCAAACAACGUAUCUACAGGUCUAUAAAAUUUAUUUAUGGAAUAUAAUAAUUUUCAAAUUGAAAUUUUUUUUAUACCUAAUACAUGCAAAAAAAAAAUAGUAAAAAUCGGUUUUUCAGCCUUGAGUGAGCAGUAUUCAUCUGGUUUUAAAAAUUACGCUCAUUAAAAUUUGAAAUUUGAAUAAAUAAAAAUCGAAAAUUUUGGGUAGUCAUUUUCAGUCGAGACGUUUGCAACCGUGUCGAAUCAGAUUUUUGAGUUUUUGGUAUUAUUCGAACCGUGAAGACUUCUAGUUUCUUUACAUGAAAUAAAAUCACUGGAAAUUUAUUUAAAUUUUUUGAGAAAAGUUAUGAUUAUUAAAAUUAAGGGCAAAAAUAUGCAAAUUUCAUAUGCUUUCCGAUGAGUUAGGACCUGGAUGAAAAUUACAAAAAUAGGUUUUGGAACACGACAAAGAUGAUGGUGAAGACCGCUUGUCUCUACGGUGCGUACUUUCCGAGAUACUGAAAAUGGACCUCCGCUACAGUACGCCCAGCUACAGUAACUUUUUCGAAAUUUUUUUGUGAAAUCGUAAUAAGGGUUCAUAGGCAACUAAUAUUUGAAAGUUUGAACAGAAUUGAACAACUCUGAAUUUAACGUCGCAGCUGUAGUUGAGCCUCGCUCGGCCCUUAGAAAAAACGUGUUUUAAGCCAACUUCCGAUUGAGUUUUCACCCCGAAAAACCUAAAAUGGGCAGCUAAGAUUUAUAUAUCCUUGAUCAGCACAUUUUUUCUGAUUUUUUGAGAUAUGUCUCGUCAAAAAGUAGGAGCCCCCAUAAAAGUACUUUCCUUGUUAGUUUUUUUGAAGAUAUAAUUUUUUUUAUUUUUUGGGCUUACAAGCGAACCAUCUAGGAGGCAAAAAUUUGCGUUUUCGACACCUGCUUUUUUCGUCGAGCAACACGUGCACACAAACGGCUGUUUUUGUAUCGAAUCAUUGUCUCCUGGAGUGAGUGGCCCCAGGGGACAGUCAAUCAAGAUCCCCACCCAAAAAGGCGAUGAUCUGCAUUUUGGACGACUGGGAAGGGAUGGUGCAUUGGGAAAUUCUUGAAAAGAACUCCACGGUCAACAAAGAGCUCUACGCUGCCCAACGACACCUUUGCCAAACAAAAAACAAUCCUUGUAAAACAAAACAGUAAAAAAACUCUACGAACUUAGUCCCCGACAUUAAUAGAAAUGAAUUUGUAUUCAGCGGUGAAAAACGACCGACUUUGGAUUUUCAGCGGCAGAAAUCGCCCUUAGGCGGAUCCUUUGGAACUUGUUGGAUAAAAUAUGACAAUUGCCAUAUUUUUCAAAUGUUUUGUAGUAAUGCAACUUGCUGACAUCUCGGGCAACGUACGCAUUUCUUUUCAUGCCUUGAAGAUUUGACCUUUUGCAGCUUGUUGAGCGUGAGGUUGAUUACAUUCCUGGCUAUUCGGCAGACCGAUCGGUCACUCAUGCCGGUCUCAAGGGAAAUUUUUUCUGGAAAAUUGCGGAUUUUGCUGUUGAUAAUCGUGCCGUUAGAAGAAAUCUUAACGUUACGUUUUCUUUCAUUUUCUGGAUGCUGACCAUGGUUCCUUACAUCGUGUGAAUACUUUCGACACAACGUCCUUUCUAUGCCGCGUGAAUUAACAAUUCGUACAACUCCAAAAUCGCAGUCUCUUUCUUUGACGUUUAAAGAAACAUGUAAUUCAAAAAACAUGCAUUUUUUGAAUCGCUCUGUAUUUUAGUCUUGAAAUGAUGUUUAGGUCGCACUUCAUACCAAAUAUUUCAAUAAUGUCAGAGAAGUGAUGAAUGAAAUCAGUCCAGGACAUAGCAAAAAGUUUGAAGAAUGUUUAUGCCGACGACUGGAACUACUACAAAAGAAAAAAAGUAUAGAAGAGAUAGGGUACUGUGCAUUAUAGCUGUGUUUUAGUCCGAAAAACAAAUUCAAUAAAAUACGGGAAAUGA